AAGGACAGUCCCAGAACUGUCAUAAAUAGUCUAUUUCUGACAGUUCUGGGACAUUCACUCCAUACAGCUGUUUUUCAAACCGCUGUAUGGAGGGAAUGUCAUAGAACUGUCAGAAAUAGACUAUUAAUGACAGUUCUGGGACUGUCCUUCCAUACAGCGGUUGAAACAUUGUAUGUAUUUGUUUCCAUAAAUGGAUCCAUUUAUGGAAACAAAUACAUACAAUGUUUCAACCGCUCUUAUGGAAGGACAGUCCCAGAACUGUCAUUAAUAGUCUAUUUCUGACAGUUCCAU